AUGUUGCUUAAACUUGGAGUAGCACUCUUCAUUAUCGGGUUCUGCUUGGUGGAAGCAAGGGGCUGGCAGAAAGAUGGAAAGCAACGAAGAAAGCACAAAUUUGGAAAUAUGACAGAUGAUCAAGUGAAAGGAUUCAAGAACUCUCUUCGAAAGACGAAUGUCGAUCGAUUUGUGGCUGCUUUGGAUCGACUGGCCGAUAAAAAUGGAACAGAUAUCGAGCCAUCAGCAAAUGAGAAAGCCGCUAUGAAAGAAAGAAUUAAGCACCUCCGCAAACACGUUCGGUCACCGAAAAUCCACGAAGAUGGAGAUGAUAUGACUGAGGUGAACGAGAAGGCUGGAGUGGCUGAGAGUCUCUAUCAAGGCGAUAUGGCCCUUGACGACUCACAAGUGGAUGCGAUUCUCGGCGAAUUUGUCGAUGGUCCAGCUGAUGCAAGAAAGAAACGACAGGCCUUCUACAACAGCAGAUACCCGAGAAAUCUCUGGGGAAACACUUUUUAUUAUUACUUUGAUCCGUCACUCACCGAUGAAGCAAAAGCCAUUUCCCAAGUGGCGAUCGCUUUCUGGCAGAAUUCGACUUGUGUUAAUUUUGAAGAGAACAGCACAGCACCGAAUCGUGUUCGUUUUUUCAAGGGACAAGGCUGUUACUCGUAUGUGGGAAUGAUUGGCGGGGAACAGGAUCUUUCGUUGGGCAGUGGAUGUCAAUAUUUCCGUCAAGCGGCUCACGAGAUUGCUCAUGCUCUCGGCUUUUUCCACGAACAAAGCCGAUAUGACAGGGACACGGCCAUCACCGUGAACACCGAAAAUGUGAAGCCAGAGUCAGUGGGCAACUAUCGCGAGACGGAGACCAGAAACAAUAACUACAAUAUGCCCUAUGAUUAUGGAAGUAUCAUGCAGUACGCGGACACGAGUUUCACUGCAAAUGGUGGCAAGACGAUGAUCUCGAAGGUACCUGUCUAUCAGGAUAAUAUGGGCUCACAAAGUGUUUCCUUCUACGAUAUUUCGAUGAUGAAUGAGCAUUAUCAAUGCAAACAGAAAUGCACUUCUGGAGCAACGUGUGUCAAUGGAGGAUUUAGAAAUUCUCGAAACUGCAAUACAUGCAUCUGCCCAAGUGGAUAUGGUGGAGCAACUUGUUCGGAUAGGGCACCAGGCUGUGGAGCCACAUUGACCGCAACGAGCGCCACCCAAACACUCAACAUCACAAUUGGAGUUCGAACUUCUGUCGACUACCCGACUUUUGAGACAUGCAAUUAUUUGAUCAAAGCCCCAGCCAGUAACAAAGUGGAGGUAGUGCUGAGAGCGAUUGCUGGCAAUGUCCAAUGCCGAGCUGGUUGUAUCUACAAAGGAAUCGAAGUGAAGGCUACAAAUGAUCAUCGAUACACUGGAAUACGGUAUUGUUGUUCGGAUGAUGUAGGCACCACGAUUGUCUCUGAGGGAAACAUUGUGCCGGUGAUCGCCUUCAAUCGCUAUCACCAAAGCAAUUACACGGUCACCUAUCGAAGCGUACCAUCAUCGACUGCCUCGACCAUUCUAGCGAUCCAGCUUCCGAUGUCGAAGCCAACUCUU